AUGACCUCGACUGGACUCCCUUCCGAUUCUUCCAUCCAAAAAGGCUUCAAUGGAGCAAUCAUAACUCUGGAGCGGCACAUCCCACCCUACGUCUUCGCCUUCGAAAUCACCUUCCAUCUCGACAAGUGGCCUUCAUUCCUCAAGAAUCUCAAGCCCCCAAAACAUUUUCAUCCACAUCAGGAAGAGUACAUAGAAGUCCUGGAAGGAGAGCUGUGCGUGGAUGUUGGGAAUCAACAGUACACACUGACCUCCCAGAGUGGGCGAUUCUGCAUUCGUCCAUGGGUGAAUCAUCGGUUGUAUCCGCCUCCGUUUCCUCCACAGCAACAGUCACUCCUUGAGAGUAGCCAUGACGAUGAGACGAUCGGAGGUCGUGGGAUAAUACGAUUUCUGUUAUCUGGGCAAGAUACUCCCGAAACAUUCAAGCUUGAUAUGCUCUUUUUCAUGAAUUGGUACGGAUAUCAGGAGGAGACUGUAGUUGUGGGGAAGAGUGUCGAUAUUCUGCAGGUUAUGUCGAUGUUCGAUGCUGGGGGCUCCUAUCUAUCACUACCGGAGUGGGUGCCCUUCGGAUCCGUUAUAGCCGUGGGGAUGGGGAUUACCCUCGGCCGUUGGCUGGGAGGUUUACUUGGGUAUCAGCCUUACCAUCGCAAAUGGACCCGGAACAGCGAUUGGGAUCUGGCGUGCGAUCGGAUGAAUAAAUCUCUAUUCCAAAGGCGGUUUGCUACGAAUGAGAAGAAAAGGGAUUGA